UAGAAAGACAAAGACCCGCUGGGGGGGUUGUUGACACCUCGAGGCCCGGGGAGGGUAUAAAGAGGGAUCUGUUUCAGUUGGGAGCAGUACUACUCUCCUCGCUGCACCAGGAGAAACAGCUUACUUUGGACAUACGACAUACUUUAUUUUCCUCGCUUUUCCUUUUCCAUCACGACUGACAGCAUGCAAGUACCGAACAGACCAACAGGAGUGGGAGCGUACGGGUACUCCGCAAUGCGCCAUUACGCUUCGCUCUAUCCACAGCGCAGCAGCAGCAGCCAGUGCGCAGCGGCGACCAAGCCUGCCAGCGGGAAAUCAUUCACCAUUGACGCCCUGCUCGCCAAGCCGUCGGAGACACACACAGACCGAACGAGUCCCGUUCACUGUAGACUCAAAUACCAACCGACAGCGCCACUAAAUCCCUUCCAGACCCAGAUGAGCUCAGCGCUGCCACAGUACCUCUACUCGCCCAACAUGCUGCACACGCCGGUGCACAGUCACACACAACCCGGAUACUCCGUCUACUGCUGUCCGCCAUUCUCCCACCACGCGUCAUGCCAUGGGGCCUUUUACGCACACGAAACAGGUCUAUCAAUGUCCCACUCGUUCAAACACAAGGAAGGGAAAUCCAAGCGGAUGCGCACCAGCUUCACCAACGAGCAGUUGGACCGUCUGGAGAAGGAGUUCGCCCGGCAACAAUACAUGGUCGGCUCGGAGAGGUUCCUUCUGGCGUCGGGUCUGCAGCUCACAGAGGCUCAGGUUAAAGUGUGGUUCCAGAAUCGACGCAUCAAAUGGCGCAAGCAGAGUCUGGAGCAACAGCAGAACAAGCUGGUUAAACUGGGCCUGGCCACCCCAGUGAAGAGUCCUGGUUCUCAAGGUCUGGGCGAAGAGGCGGAGGAGAUCGACUUCUCAGACGGAUAAGAUGUGGAUAAAGACGGGGCUCCCUGACUACUGCUGACCGGUCUUGGACCACAGAACCAGGCUCAAGACACGGGGCCGAGGACCACACCACCCCUUACUGUAUAAAUAUUUAAUUCAUAGAUGUAUAGUUCUAUAUUUAAACGAUGUUUCUUACUUUUAUUGCUCUUAUGAGAGUCUCUCUUUGUGAAAUCAAACGUUUGUAUAUUUUGAUUGACAUAUUCAAUAAAUAUAUUUUCUAAA